AUGGCUGAGGCCAUCACCUAUGCAGACCUGCGGUUUGUGAAGGCUCCCCUGAAGAAGAGCAACUCCAGCCGGCUAGGACACGACCCAGAGACUGAUGAAGACGGCGAACUCACCUAUGAGAAUGUGCCCCCAGGCACAGGAGGACCCUCGAGCUUGGCUUCCUCUGGAUUACGGGAUAAAGCAGGGGCCCAGUCGGAGCAGCCAACAGCUGCCUGGAGCCCCGUGACGUCACCCGCUGCCGGGCGGAUUCUGUGGUGCCAUGCAGCCUGCAUGCGGUACCUGGUUCUGGGCCUGCUCCUCACGUGCCUGCUCUGCGCGGUGGCUGCCACCUGCCUGGGAGUGCGCUAUCUGCAGGUGUCUCGGCAGCUCCAGCAAAUGAACAGGAUUCUGGAAAUCACCAACAGCAGCUUGAGGCAGCAGCUGAGCCAGAAGAUAGCCCAGCUGGGGCAGAGGGAAGAGGAUUUGCAGGGAUCCAGGAGGGAGCUGGCCCAGAGUCAGGAAACACUACAGGUGGAACAGAAGGCUGGCCAGGCUACCAGAGAGCAGUUGCAGGUCUGCCAGUCUGAUUGGGAGAAGACGAAAGAGGCCUUGAGAAAUAAGGAGACAGAGAGGGUGAACUUGGAGCAGAGGCUGAACAGCAUGCGGGAAAGACUACAGCCCUUCUUCCAGUGCCCCUCCCCAGAUUCCUGUUGUCCCUUGGGAUGGAUACAGAAUGAGAGGAGUUGCUUUUACAUCUCAGUUACUAAGAGAUCUUGGACGGAAAGCCAAAGCCAUUGUAAAUCUCUGUCCUCUGAUUUGGCCCAAACCAGCGACGGUUCUCAAUUAAAUACAACUCAUAUGAGAAACUUACGGAAGGUGCUGCCAGCUGAAUCAUACUGGGUUGGCCCCAGAAGUCGGUUCUGGCAGUCUGACCAUACAAAAUACACUUGGUUUUCCGGUCGAAUAAAAUGUCCCAAGCUAGAAACCAAGUGGAUGAAUCUGGAUACAGCGGAGUGUCAGGCUCUUCUUUCCUCCAUCUGUGAGAUGUCAGCUUUCAGGUCUCCAGAUGGGGACCACUCUUUGCACUGA